UUAAUUUUUGAGGUCAGGGCGGCUGGAGCAUGUGGAGUGGAGAGAGAGAAACAGGAGCUGUGUAUGGAACCGAGGCUUGCCUUUAUUGCGUGCGAGAGGCAAUUAUUAAUAGCGGCUGCAGGAUUCCGGCUCUAAGAUGUGGUAUUUACUAGAGGGGGAGGGAAAAGAAAAGGAAAAAAGGGUGUCGCUUGUAGCGCGACGGGGCAGGAUGCCAUCGGUACUGGAGCCGGAGCCUCGCACGGGACUGCGGAGCGGCAGCGUAGCGGUGGUGACAGCCAGAAGUCUUCGUCACGGAUCGAGGCAAGUUUGUGUGCGCAAUUGGGCUUGCAAAUUGCUAAUCUCGCACUGACUUUGCCUCUCAGCUCCCAGCUGGGCAUGGUUACCUUGAGAGCUGUGGUAUCAGCACUGUCAGAGCAUGCUCCGGUGGGGAGAUCGGGUGUGUUCUAUUUUUAAUACUAUUUAAUGAAGAUGCUUCUCACUCUGCAAUGUACGAAGCAUAAUGGAAGAGCAGAGCGAUGAUUGGUUAUGGAUACUGGAAAAGGAAAAAUGCAAAGGUUGACUAUGGUGCGUCAAGCUCUCCGAAGGACCAGCAUGGAGAUUGGCACUCUGAACUGUUAAUAGGGACAUGGGACUCACGUUGCCGUUGAUCAUUUGUGUGGACUUAACCAGCAAAGACCAACAGAAGACGCUAGAAAGGCAGUUGGAAUUAUAGCAGUUUUUCAGAAUGUCUGAGCAAGGUAAAUUGAACCAGGAGACAGCAGAAGAAGCUGCAAAAGAGCAGGAGACUGCCAUCUCUGAAGCCAACCCGGACAACUGUGUUCUUAACAAAUCUGAAAGCUCAGAAGUAGAGGAGGAGAAGCUCAGUGAUUCCAAGACAGAGCUGCAGGUAUUACUGCCAACAAAAAGUUGUUAUGCAAAGCCUAAGAAGAAACGAGGGGCAAAUCAGAAAAAGAGAUCCAAGUCAGGAGCCAAGGGAAAGCUCGUGCGGAGUCUUGCUGUGUGUGAAGAGUCAUCCCCUCGCCCGGGAGCAGAAAAUCUUCAUGACAACCAGGAAUCAAUCCAACUCCAGCUUUCAAGUUUUCCUAGCUUGCAAGAAGAAGAUAAAUCUAGUAAAGAUGACUCCGAGAAAGAAAAAGAGAAGGAUAAAAAUAAAGAUAAAACCAGUGAAAAAAGCAAGAUCAGAAUGUUAUCAAAAGAUUGCAGUCAAGAGUAUACAGACUCAACAGGUAUAGAUUUGCAUGAGUUUCUCAUUAACACAUUAAAGAAUAACCCCAGGGACCGAAUGAUCCUCUUGAAAAUGGAACAGGAAAUUAUUGAUUUUAUUAGUGACAACAAUAAUCACUAUAAAAAGUUCCCUCAGAUGUCAUCAUAUCAGAGGAUGCUAGUGCACAGAGUGGCAGCUUAUUUUGGAAUGGAUCACAAUGUGGAUCAGACUGGAAAAUCUGUAAUUAUCAACAAGACCAGCAAUACAAGAAUACCAGAGCAAAGGUUUUCUGAACAUUUAAAAGAUGAAAAAUGUGAAGAAUCCCAGAAGCGAUUUAUCUUGAAGCGAGAUAACUCUAGUAUUGAUAAAGAAGACAAUCAGCAAAACAGAGUUCUUCCAUUUAGAGAUGACAGACGAAGUAAAUCAAUUGAAGAGAGAGAAGAGGAGUAUCAGAGAGUGAGGGAGAGAAUAUUUGCACAAGAUUCAGUUUGCUCCCAGGAAAACCUUUUUGUGGAAAACAGUAGGCUGUUGGAGGACAGUAGCAUAUGCAAUGAUAUGCAUAAGAAAAGACAGCUGUUUAGGGGCAACAGGGACAGCAUUGGGAAGACAUCUGGCAGUCGGCAGAGCAGUACAGAGAACGAACUGAAGUGGACAGACCACCAGAGGCCAUGGAGCAGCACAGACUCGGACAGCUCAAAUCGAAAUUUGAAGCCAGCCAUAACAAAGACAGCCAGUUUUGGUGGGAUAACCGUCCUGACAAGAGGAGAUAGCUCAUCAAGCAACAGAAGUACCGGGAAACUGUCUAAAACAGGUAGCUCAGAGUCUUCCAGCAGUGCUGGCUCCUCAGGAUCACUGUCACGAAUACAUCAGCCUCUCCAAAGUGCAUCUCUCGUCCCUGGGGUGACAGCCAAUUCUUCAGGCAGUGUGUCCUACCCUGAGAACGGGAUGAGUGGCCAGGUGGCCCCCAGCAACACCAGCUAUAUCAUUCUUCCACUUGAAGCUGCAGGGAUACCUCCUGGCAGUAUCCUUCUCAACCCGCACACAGGUCAACCAUUUGUAAAUCCUGAUGGGACACCGGCAAUAUACAAUCCUCCCAGUGGCCAGCAGACAAUGAGGAGCCAGGUGGUGGGACAGUCUCAGCAGCAGCCUUCACCCCAGCAGCCUCAGCAGGUUCAACAGCCACAGCAGCAAAUGGCAAGUCACCUUGUCACACAGCCUGUUCAGACAAUGCAGCCAUCUUCUCAGUCAGUCCAAUAUCCAGCAGUUUCUUAUCCUCCCCAGCAUCUCCUGCCAGUCUCUCCAACACAGCAGUUUUCUAUGCGCGAUGACAUGACAGCGCAGUUUAACCAGAUGAGCUUGAGUCGUCAGUCAUCAGGAGACAACUCUGAGUCGCCUUCUGGCCCUGUGUACCCCUCGCCCAUGCUGCAGCAGCCUGCCCAGCAGACAGGUUACAUCAUGGCCUCCCCGAGCCAGCAGCUUCCCCCAGGAGGCUUCACGGGCUCCGGAGCACCGGUGUCCCAGCAGGUGCUGCAGCCGCCACCGCCACCCCAGGGCUUUGUGCAACAGCCACCACCACCUGCUCAGAUGCCAGUGUAUUAUUACCCAUCUGGUCAGUACCCUACCUCAACAACUCAGCAGUACAGACCCAUUGCCUCAGUUCAGUACAACACACAGCGGAGUCAACAGAUCCCCCAGACUGCCCAGCAAGCGGGUUACCAGCCCGUCCUGCCGAACCAGCAGCAGGGGUUCCAGGGUCUCAUGGGAAUGCAGCAUCCGCCCCAAAGCCAGAACCUGAUGAAUAAUCAACAGGGGAAUCAGGUGCAAGGCAUGAUGGUGCAGUAUCCAGCCAUGUCGUCUUAUCAGGUGCCAAUGACCCAGGGUUCUCAAGGAUUGCCGCAACAAUCAUAUCAACAACCAAUCAUGCUACCUAAUCAAUCAGGUCAAGGAACACUUACAGCCACUGGAAUGCCUGUCUACUGUAAUGUCAUACCUCCUGCCCCCCAGAACAACCUCCGGUUGAUUGCCCCACACUGCCCCUCCAAUAACGUUCCAGUUAUUUCUGCCAGCUGCAGGACAAACUGUGCAAGCAUCAACAAUGCAGGGUGGCAGGUCAAGUACUGACACUGUGGCUUAGAUUUAUGAGGAUAGAGGUGCAUUAUUUUACAAAUAAAUCAUGGCCUUCAAAUGAAGAGGAAGACAACAGAAUAAUCAGUUGAGGACACGAGUAUUGACAAUGCUCAAGUGAUUUGCUGCUUGAAAAACCUGUAAAAAAAAAAGUAAAAUAAAUUUUGAAAAAAAAUGUUUGCUGGUUAAUGGUGCAUAUUUUUGUCAUGUCUGCUAGGUAUGCCUUUAUAGCUUAGCUAGUGACAUGAAUUCAUUGAGGUAAGAUUUUUUCCUACCACUAAACACCACUGUGUAGAUUGUAAUAUCCCCGAUUCGGAUUAGUUUUGUACUUUGUGUUGAGUUUGUGAAGCUAAAAGUAUUUAAAAAUAUAAUAAAAUCACAUUGUACCAAAGCUGUAAUGGAAAUUAAAAAAAUAGUGAAAACAAAAAGAGAAUUACUGAAUGGAAGGAAUAAUUUAUAUACACUAUAGAGUUUUUUUAAUGGAUAUAUACUGUAUUGUAGUGCUUAAUCACAAUAAAGCUAUUUGACCUC